CCGUCUUCACAAUACCUUCAUUUUACAGCAGCCAUAUAACCUUGUAGUAUCUGACUGACUAUACUAAGUAAAGACAUUUAAAAAAUGCUCAGUUGGUGCCAGUAAUUGGUUUUUCAACUGCCAAUAUUAUAAGUACAUUCUGGAUAAAAUUUUGUACAAAAACAUUCAAUACGCCCCUGGGUUCUUCAAAACUAACCAAUGAAAUUCGCUGAAUUUACCCGCCUACACAAUUAUCUCCCACUGAGGAAUUCCAGUCCACUGAACAGGAAACGAUACUCAGUGGCGUCACGCUAUUUAAAAGUAAAACAACAAAAACACCUGUAAUUACAAUAUUUGAAAAGAACUAUCAUCAAUUUACUAAUUGUUUAGUGUUCUAUAAUUGUCUGAGCAUUUUUCAUGUUUUUUUCUAUAGCGUAAUUAACACUUUUGUGAUGUAUAAGGUGUUAUGUGCGCUACUGAACGACUGAUUUAUUUAGUUUGGCUUCCCCUCCAGCAAAUUCUGCCCAAUAAGGAAUCUUCCCGCUAAAAUUUCUAUUUACAAUUUUCUAAUGACCCGCUACAAAAGGGUUUAUGUUUUGGCGCCUUUUUGCAGUUAAUUACCUAAGGUUACGUUAGAAGUGCUGGUUUUACGUUUGUGAACAAAUCUUGGUUUAUAAAGGCUGUAUUUCAGAGAAAGCUUUAAGAUGCCCCGUUUUAAUAAAGAAGAUAUACUAACCUUAAUCGGCGAAAAAAACCAAAACAUUCUCACCGACAACAAAUCCAACCUUAUUAAAGACACAGAAGACUCAAUAGUUGCUAAAACACAGAACGCUGAAGAAGAAUUUGACCCAGAACUGGAACCCUUGCUUCAAGAAAACCCCACCCGUUUCGUAAUUUUUCCCAUUGAGUAUCCCGAUAUUUGGGACAAAUACAAGCACUGUGAAGCUUUAUUCUGGACUGUUGAAGAUGUUAAUUUAUCCACGGACGCGGAAGAUUGGAAAAACAAACUUUCAGACGAUGAACGUUACUUCAUCUCUCAUAUACUGGGCUACUUUGCAGUAGCAGGUGGAAUUAUCUGUGAAAACCUAAUGGAAAAAUUCACCCAGGAAGUCCAGGUAACGGAAGCACGUUGUUUUUAUGGAUAUCAGAUCUCCAACGAAAAUAUUCACUCAGAAAUGUACAGUAUGUUGAUUGAAACAUACAUUGCUGAUCUGCAAGAGCGCGAAUUUUUAUUCAAUGCACUUGAGACGAUACCAUGUAUUAAAAAGAAAGCUGAUUGGGCACUGGGAUGGAGACACAAUCAGAAAGCUAGCUUUGGGGAAAGAUUGGUGGCUUUUGCUGCAAUCGAGGGAAUAUUUUUUGCAGGGAGCUCUGCGGUCAUUUUCUGGUUGAAGAGGCGAAAUGUAUUGUCUGGUCUUACUUCAUCUAAUGAGUUAAUUUCGCGGGACGAACGGCUACAUUGUGAUUUCGCGUGUUUAAUAUUGUCACAUUUAGUACAAAAGCCAUCAAAACAACGAAUCCAAAGUAUUAUUCAAGAGGCAGUAAAAAUUGAGAAAGAAUUUUUAACAGUGAGUUUACCAGUUACCUUGGUGGGUAUGAGUUGUCAGUUAAUGUCUCAGUAUAUUGAGUUUGUUGCCGACUGGUUGCUUGAGGCACUGGGAACUGAGAAAAUAUAUGGUGUGAAAAAUCCAUUUGAUUUCAUUGGAGUUAUUUCAAAUGAAGACAAAAAUAAUUUUGUGGAAAGAAAAGUGGAAUUUCAGAAGAGUGUAGCUGCAGUAAAUGACAGCGACGAAUAUGUUUUGGACGCUGAUUUUUAACAUUAAUUUUUUUAGUAGAAGAGGAAACUAUUUAUAAAUCACUAUAUUUUUAGAGCACUUUAAGUAGAUCUAGGUACAUAUAAAAUGUGUCCAAAGUUUAUAUUUUUAUUAAGUAAUAAAAUAAAUAAGAACAUU